CAAGGUCCAGGGAGGAAGGAGAAGAGCAGCCCUUGUCGGACGGAGCAGAAGGUCGCCCCGAUUUAGGGGAGCAGACCCUCCGCCUCAGAGAAGCCCAGAAGGCAUUGGGUCAGCCCCGCUCUGCGUGGCGUCAAGAAGAAGGGUUUGGGGCCCUUUCAGGUCUCUGGAUGGAAGCCUGUGCCUUUUGUCGGGAAGUGAAAGAGCCACUUUGGGGGCCCUUCGUAUCCAGUGUGUGGCCCUUCAGUGAAUUGAGCCCUGCCAGAAGAGAAGAAGACCGUGAAUUGAGCCUUGCCAGAAGAGAAGAAGACCACUUCCUUUGACUGAUGCAGGGGCUUCCAGAAAGUGCAGCCAAAGUGAACAGGCAGAAGGAGAUUCCAACUGACCAGACUUGCAAGACAAAUCCCACUGGACUUUCCGUUGCUGAGGCGAAACAUGACUUUCCCACCCUGGAAGAUUGUCCCAGGAGAUGCCUGCGGAGGGUGUUGCCCAGGUGACCUUUGAACCUCCCCUCGUCUGCAUCCCACCGGAGGAGCUCACGGAGGAUCCGCAAGGAGCUUGUGGAAGUGGUGAUGGAGAACUACGAGCUGGUCACUUCUCUGGGCUACCCGGUUCUCAAACCUGAUCUCCUGUCUCGGAUUGAGCGUGUUGGAGAGCAGUGUGUUGGUGACCAACUGGAUUCGAGCAGAGGGAUUCCAGCAGAUCCCUGCCCAGGUUACCGUUUUUUCAAACCCGAGAGUUUAUCGUGGAUCGAGCGGUGGGAAGAGCUUGGCGUUACGGACCGCCAGAAGCUGGAGGAAGGCAAACUGUGCACUGGCUCCUGUCAAGGAGCAGCAGCGGCAGCUGGACGCGGCAAAGCCAUCAAGGAAGAGGAAGGUGGCCAGAAGGGCUUUGUGGCCAGCUUGGAACGCUACCAGCUCUUCCCCGAUAGCUCCCGGGCUGGGCUCUUCUUGGCCCCCAAUAGUGCCCAGCUGCGGAACCAGCCCCGAGUCAAGAAGGAAGAAGCCGCCUCCUGUGAGCCCAGCCUCUGUGGCCCCGGGCGCCCUUCCCAGGGUCUGGGCUCAGGCCCCUUCACCUGUGUGGUGUGUGGGAAGUGCUUCCGGCAGAAGCAGGGCCUCAUCACGCAUGGGCGAAUCCACACUGGCGAGAAACCUUACCCGUGCCUGGAGUGUGGGAAGCGCUUCCGCCAGCGCCCCAACCUGCUGACCCACCAGCGGGUGCACACGGGCGAGCGCCCCUUCCCCUGCCUACGCUGCGGGAAGCGCUUCAGCCAGAAGGCCAACCUGGCGGCCCACCAGCGCACCCAUGCGGUCCAGGAAGGGCUCAUCACUCCAGAGCCCAAGGUGCCCGUCCCCCGGGGAAGCCGCCAGACAGAGAAGCCCUUCCCCUGCAGUGUCUGUGGGAAGAGCUUCAGCCAGCGGCCCAACCUUAUCACUCACCAGCGCAUCCACACGGGGGAGAAGCCCUUUGCCUGCACUGAGUGCGGGAAGCGGUUCAACCAGCGAGCCAACCUCAUCACCCACCGCCGGAUCCACUCGGGCGAGCGCCCCUUCCCCUGUGCCACCUGCGGCCGGCGCUUCAGCCAGAAGGGCAACCUUGCCGCCCACCAACGCACCCACUCCCAGCAGCGGCCUCAUGCUUGCUCCUGCUGCCCUAAGCGGUUUAAGGGUGAGUCAGCACUGCGGGCCCAUCAGAGAACCCACCGGCAGGUCUUGGGGACCGACCCCCUGACAGGAGCCCUUCUGGCUGUCCCCACCUUGCAACAGCAGCAGCAGCAGCAACAACAGCAGCAGCAGCAACAGCAGCAGCAGCAGCAACAACAGCAGCAGCAGCAGCAACAGCAACAAGCUGCCUUGGCUGGUGAUGCCUCUGCUACGGCACAGCGAGCCACACCAGCCCCCCACCAGGAUCUCUCCAGUGACCCCACUCCGGGUGUCCACCGGGCAGCUCCCUCUGGGCAGCAUGGGGCCCCUCAUGGGGGACAGAAUCUCCCCACUGACCCUACUCCACCUGGUGGCUCCCACACUGCAGGCCCGGCUGGGCACCUACAGGGAGUGGGGGCCCCAAGCUCUGAGCAGGGGCCCAAGCUGAGCAUCCCCCCUGCCGUGAUGGAUCCCCAUAUAGAGAUGCUCCACUGCCAGCGCCGGCUGAGUCUGCCUACUCUGCCCACCUCCAGUGCCCAUUCCGUGAUCCCCAUGGGGCAACCCCAGCCGAUCACCUCCAAGCCAAAAGCAAUUGCUGGCUCUCGGCCUGCCACUGUGGAUGCCCCGCCAAGUGAGAUGCUCCACUGCCUCUGCCACGCCAGCAGGGCCUCCUUGGUCAUUCCUCACCCACCACAUUUGGGGCAGCUCCAGGCAGGUGGCAGAGACGCCCCUGGUCGAGCCUGGCUGGGCAUCCCUUGCCCGGCCCGCACCCUCCAGCUCCCACAAGGGGGCCAGGGUCAUCCAUCGGCCCCCAACCCCAGAUUGUGCUCCAUCCCGGACUCCCUGCGAUAGCUUCCCACCUCCCUAAAGGAAGGACGGGCACUGUGCAAGCACAGACUGUGGGGCCGCCCACCAUUCUUGGUUUUCCUGGCAACUCCGCCCUUUGUGGGGGCUCGGCAGUGGAGCUCAUGCAUGUAUCGUGGACAGGAGAGCCCUCCACUUCCACAAGCCCCCUCUUAGGACACAUAUGUAUGGACCCUAUCUGUUCCUGCUUCUGCUGGCUUAGGACUUGUGGCUCUUGGGAGGCAGGGAGCUGAUGGAAAAAAUCUAAUUCUUGUUUUUGGCAGAAGCACCAAGUGCGGAUGCUGCCCCUCAGAAGCUUGCACACAAGGAAGAGCCCAGAGCCCAUGGAGUUGGGUAUAUUGUGCCAAGUAUAUUUCUUCAUCCCAACGCCUCUUCAUCUCUUCUGCCCCUUUCCCAAGGACUCGCAGAACCCCUUUACUACUCAGCCAUGUGGCGGAAACCUCUUUUCACCAGGAGAGGAAGGGAGGCUCAGAACCCAACACCAUCAGCCUCCAAACUGCAAGGUCCACACAUUCAGAAGCCUUUUCCUUCCAUAUCCUCUUUGUUUCCUUGGGAAAGGUGACUUUGGAAGACCUGCUUUCCUCCCCACCCAUUUAAUGUGCCUGCCACUCCAUUCAACGUGGAAAACUGCAGCCAAAAGCAUGUGUUAUGGUGGCUGAAGAAGACUUAGUGCUGGCACCUGACUUAAGAGAGCACCCUCUAUGAACUCUUGGUGGACACCUGAGUUGCUUGAUGUUUGAGUGAUGCCCCUCUGGGGUAGCUGAGAAUGCUACCGCCCUCAAACAUAUUCUGUGUUUCGCAAGCAUUUAGGUAACUUGGAUGAUCCCUUUUCUAACAAGCCCCUGCCCCCUUUUUCCCAUGUUGAUAGAAAUGGCACAGUGAAAAGAAAGGUGCAGUUUGGAACCACAACUGCCCUGUUUUCGUUGUAUAACUUUUCUAUAGGAAAGGAAACUGGGAAGGUAGGGGAGAGUGGCAGAAAGAGAAAAGAGCAUGGAUAAGCACCAAGGUAUAAAUGGCAAAAAAAGACCACCACCCACUGCAUAUAUGUCAUCCCCUUGGAGCUUUGCUGGAGGCAAAGAAGACUCCGGUGUGUUGAGAAGAGGGCAGUAAGGCCGAUUGACGGGCAGACUCUGCCUUUGUAUCACUUUGGGGGUUGGGAGUGGUUUUUAGAAGCCUUCUUUUCCCAGGACAAGUGUUUGUGGGGUGAGGGGAACAGGGACAAUCUUACGCUUCAAAAGCAGUGGUGUUCCUGGAGGUUUGUUCAAAUCCUGCCGUGGGCUCCCAACUUCCAAGAGCUGGUGAGGAUUACAAGAAGCCAGGCUUCCUCCGCGAGACAAGGAGAGCGGAGUUCUCCUUUCCUUUUUCUAACCCAAAGUGCCCAGCCUGCCAGCUCUGGGCCAAGGCAAAGUGGCAUAUGGGGAGGGGGUGCCCCAUGGGGUGGAAGGUAGUCGGUGAGCGAUGGAUGCUGUGUACAGCAAUGCAAAAGCUUUCCUCUCGCUCACCUUCUUCCAAAGCUGGAAUCCAACAGCUGGCCUAGAUGUGACUUUGAAGGUGCUCCAGGGAAGGUGAGGGAGGGAAGCCUUGACCAAAGAGGAGGAUGGGCAGAGGGAAGUGGGAAGCCAGGGCUGGAGGCAGAGCUCCCAGGCUAAGGGGAAUGGGAGCGGGGUGGGAUGGGAUGGGAUGGGCAGGAAAAGAAGCAGCAGAAGCACUUUACAGAUGAUUCCCACCCCUCCUUAUAAGUUGUAGGCCCCUUGGCAACCCCUAUGCUGGCCACUUGGCCGGCUCGAUUCCCCGUGGGGACUUUGCCGCUUCCCCAUAAUAAUCUCUGCACCAGGAGGUCACCUUGGUUUCUGUGGCUGCAACACUGCCACUGCCCUCCGGCUGGCAGAGCAGCUGCCCUUCCUGCUCUGAGAGGUUCCCUCCCGGGGUCCGUGAGGGGGGUCUGUGCCUUAAGCUCUCAGUUCUGUGGGGGUGGUAGCUGGGGUGCUUGUUUCUGGAGUGAGAAGUGGUGGGGAGUAGCUGCACAUGCACAAAUCGGGGCGGUCUGAUUAGCUGCACAGAGGGGGUAAACCGUAUUGGGAGGGCCCCGUCCUGCCCCAGAGGAGAAAGAAGAGGGCAUCAGAUUCUUGUGGAAGAUUCCCCCAGAUACACACACACAGUGGGGUUUUCUCUUUUGUGGGGCUUUGGUACCAAGGGGCAUCCAGUUUCUUAAGUGUCAUGUGGAGAGGUGAGGAAAGAGAUUCUUCUGCCAGAGGAAGGGGCAUGGUGCAGGCGAGGGGAAAGCAGGUUCUGAAAGAUCCAUGUUGAAGUGUGGGGUGAGGGUCAGCUUGUGCCUGCAUCCCCCCUCCCAAUGUGCAAGACCAUUACAUUAGGAAAAUGGUGUGAAAGAGAAAGAAUAACCUAAGGAGGGCGAUUGAAUCGGCAGCUCCUUGCAGCCGUGUUAGAGGGAAGUGGGGGAGAUCAGAAAAUGUGCUGGUGGGUGUCUUUUGGUGCAGGGUGUCUCCUGCAAAUGGUGGUUUGGGACAAAAUUCAUUCUUUAAUAUUUUGCAAUGGUGUGCCCUUCAUUCCCCCCUGGGAAUGUCUCCGGGCUUCUAGCUGCUUUUCUGUAUAUCACAGUGGGAGUGAUGCAGCCCUCCAGAUAUUUGACUCCAACCCCCAAAAUUCCUUACUACCGACUGAGGGAGGUCUGUGUCAUUCCCACCCUGGGUCUGCACCAUGUUCCAGCUUUUGGAAAGGGCGCUGCUUCAGAGGAGAAAAGCACUGGAUGCCAAAGCCUUUGGGGUGCCAUGAGGCAACUAGGGAAGGCUAGGCCCCAGUGUAUGGCAUGUACACAAGCACACUGGGUUUCCAGAAUUGUUAUGGCACUGACUAGAAGGAAAGAAGGGAGAGCAGUUUCCCAGUACCUCCUUUGUGCUUGCUGGCCAUAGGCAGGAGAUUUGCAGACACAAUUGCCACAAUAGACCUUUCGUUUCAGGUGCUUUCAGACCUGGUACGCUCUGCAGCUGGGAGACCCACAUUUAGUGCUGCUGCUGGUGGUGUAAAAAUAGCAGGCGGUGUGUGUUUGUGCUGGAUGUGCACCUUUCUGACAGCCUGCAUUUGAAGAAACAGGAGUGGUGGUCUUUAGACAAUGGCUGUGAGUGUGAGAAAGGGGAGCAUGGCCAGUCUCCAAGGGGCCCAGGAAGAAGGCCUUCCUGCCCUGGAGAGGGAGGUGCCAAUGCCCUCUCACCCCCUAAGUCCACCCUGGCCCUUCAAAAGUGGGGCAUGCCCGCAAGGCAGCAGCUUUUCACAUGGAGCUGGCAAGCAUGAAAAGUGCCAAGAUAUGAGAAGGUACUGACCAGCCUCACCACACUGCUUAGUGUCUGGUGUGAGGCUCAAGGACUCUGCAAUGCCUAUCAGGCCGCUUGACCAUUCGAGUGUAGCCACAAGCCCAGCAGGCGCCUGACUGGAUGGCCUGGCAUUCUUCCCCCUCCUUGGGGUGGUUGUUCAUGAACCCAUGUGGCAUGAUGGAGGGCUCAGGUGCCGUAAUAGGACUCCCUUGGAUGGGGAGCCUGCCUGUCUCUUGCUUUGGGGGGGGAUCCCUUCCCUGCUGAGGGGGAUGCACGAUGUCUGCCCCGCAUGUAUCUUGCUUGCCUCUGCUUGCUUGAGUUAAACCUACGGAGAUGACUGCUCUGUUGGUGGCUUCCCAAAGUGCACUUGCUCUUUCGCUUGUAGUCCAACUUUGGUAGGUGGUGAUAGGUAGGUCUUGGGGGUGGACAGUCCUGGACCUGGACACCUGCGUUUCCUGGGGUCCUUCCAGCCUUGCAGUUCUCCCAUUUCCGCCAGAAGCAGCCAGGCCCCUAGGAAACCUGAGGGCCAGGCGCUGCGGCCCCAAUCCAACUUAACCCCAUUGCAACAGUGCCCCACUGAAAGCAAGGGAGCUUUCUCUCUGCUGAGUUCAUUCCAUUAGUUUCAGCAGCACUCAACCCGGGCAAAAGUUACUUAGCGCUUGCUGUUCCAGGAAGGGGGAAGGUUUCUUAAAAGAAUGAUUCUUAGCAUCCCCACAAAACCAAGGGAAAGAAGCCACAGUGGCUGAGAACCACCUUGAAAUCUGUAGCACAAACACCUGGUCUUCAAGGCUGGCUUCAGUUCACAGUCAGCUUGCUCCCUUCCAGUUGUGGCUGGCAUUUUUUAUUAUUGGCAAGGAUGUUAAAAAGGUUGGAGGUGCAUUUUCUGGGGGAGUGCAUGUUCUGCAUCCUUCUGUAACUUAGGCAAGGACUGAGAAGAAGAAACCCACCAAGGUGCCUGGAGUGUUUUGGGGAAGGAGUUGUGUGUGUGUGUGGCGUAUAUACAGUCCAGACAUGGCAGGGAUGGCUUCUGACUUUUUCUCUGCCAUGGGACUUGAAGAAACAUCCUUAAUGCCGCCUUGUCUCCCUGCUUUGCAGAAGGCUCCAGAUGGGCAGAAAAUAGAUGAAUCUGCAGAGUUCUGGUUUUGUUGAUCAGGAAUGUUGUGCAACUUUAAUGGAGGUUUUUAUUUAUUGCCACACAGCCAAAAUGGGAUUUAAGGACGUAGCCACCACCUUGUUGGGCCAAAGCACAGUCCAGCGCUCCCCUUCCCGAGCGUGAAUGGCCGGGAAGUUACUUACAAUCUGGGCGCAAUGGUGAUGGCUGUUUCUUGUUUGCACCCCUCUUCCUCCUCUGGCAUUGCCUCUGCACAGAGUGGUUCUAUUGAGCCAAAUCUCUCCAUUGCCUAGUGGGCCUGGGAGAGACGCCUGCGUUAGUGGCCAUUGCAGAGUCCUAUGCCACAACAACGAAACAAACCAGUGAGUAAUCCAUUGCGUGCUGAAACAAUCUUUUGUUCAUUUGGGAUCCUCCGGCUGCCGCCAACCCACUUCCAUUGGAGUUGUGCAAUUUCAGCUGGAUAAAUGGGGUUCAGGAGACCUCUGCCCCACUCUUUGUGCCCAUUUGCGGCCUGGAGGUUUCCUUUGCCAAGGGGGGGGGGGGUUAUAUCUGGCAAAAGUCAGACGCCACCCAAAUGCAGAGUCACCUGCUCAGUUGCUGGUGUAACAUGGCUGUCACAAGGUCACCAUCCAGCCCAGAGAGACUGCUGGACCCACAAUCCACCCUUGGCAGGCGACUCUUUGCAUCGCAUUUCCCAGGAGGUCGCCAAACCCUGCCCUGUGCCUGCCGCCUCGCCCUGCCCUUUCCCCCGGAGCUGCCUCCUCCUCCUCAAGAGACACCAGUAACGUCAUCCCCAUUAACCCAGACUGGCCCCUUAGGGCUAUUCCAGAUGUAUUAUGAUAAUUAUUAUGUUUUAUUAUUAUUAUUUUCUGAGCUAUGUUUGUUUGCAAUAAAGGCUUUCUUACAGUU